AUGAGCUCCGAGCGCCAGCCGAAGUAUCGGCAGGAGAUUCAGCAGUAUCUCGGUCUUCUGGUAUGUACUAUGUGGUCUCGGCUUCUUCCACUUUUCGACUUGGAAACUUCAAGUCCUGGUCGGUCCCGAUUUCUUGGCAUUGUGCCAAAGUCCAUAAUAUCUGGGUGCCUCACGCAGCAGCAGUAA